AUGACUAUAAACGCAUAUCUGUCCACUUAUCGAUCGAAUGAACGAACUGAACAUCAGGGUGGUCCGUUCAAAAUCUCGAUCACAGCGUUUCGAAGUACCUGGUCGAUUGGAGUAACCCUUCGCCAGCUCGUCGGUUUCACAAGGCCUUCGGCGGCCAACCAUACCAUGUCGUAUGCGCUUGUUCAGUACUGCCUCAGCCGACUUCCCAUACAACACCUUGAACAACUUGGAAAUCUCAAGAUUCCCUUUGAAAUACACGCAGCCCCGUUCCAAUUCCUUCAGAAACACCACAGUGCAUUUGGUUUCGAUUGGGUGGAGAGAUUGGUCUGGAGAACGCACGACCUGCACAAGCCUUACAAUUACCUCCGACCCGAAUUACUCCUGGCUCAGGAAAUAGACUCCCAGAGACUUGUUGCAAUCCUUACCAUUAUGCCCGGUGAAGAUUAUAUUCGACACUAUGCAAGCAUGGUAGAGGUUGCUCAGCAUGACGGUGCAAUAUUCUCGAACCAUGGACCAAUCCACUGCGUACUGUACCCUCACCUCACGCAGUCCAUGAUGACGUGGACCGGACUUACAGAGCUCUCUGCCAACAUUGAACCUGGAGACGUUGUAGUUCUCGGUUUCGUGGCGGAGCUGCUUUCACGUUUUGCCUCUCUUGUACCUACAUCUCGAAUGAUCUGGCGACAAGACUCGCAGUAUUACGGUCUGGUCCGGCUCGAGCUUCAUCCGGGGCUCGUGUUCAGUCUCGUAGGCGCCAAGUACAGCUACUGGGGCAAUCUAGGUGGGCGGGUUGUCACGGAGCUUGCCGCUCGCAGGCCACGGGCCAUAUGUUAUAUUGCUAAGCAGGGCACACUGCUCUCCCCUGACGAUAUUCACUGCCGAAUCUACUCACCCACAAGAUACUGCGUCUUUGACAAAGGCAAGGCCUGCUGGCAUGGAGACGAUCACCCAGCCUUACCAAUUAACCCACUCUCAUCCAGAUCUCCAACCUUUGAUCGAGGUCUGCAUGUUUCGACUCCCACAAUCGUCGAGCAGGAUGUGGAGUUAAGAACACAACUGGGGGCCCAUGGCGCUGCGUCCAUUGACAACGAACUGGCGCAGAUGGCAAGAGCACUCACAGACAUGCACGAAGAGAACCCUUCCAUGUCUCGAAUUCAAUUGCUGCCCAUCAUGUUCUGUACUGACUACCUUCGACGUCCAGAAGAGUUGGGAAUGUCAGUGCCAUUCGAUCUGACAUCGCGGAAUCAAACCGUGCAACGCGGCAAGGAACUCUUCCUGGCCAGGGCCGCCCAUUUGGUUCUAGAAGCAUUCGAUGUUAUCCAGCGUCCGAAGGCCAUUAUAGUCGGGACAGGAUAUGGUGUUAAGACCAUACUCCCAGCUUUGCAAAGGCGCGGAGUUGAAAUCGUUGGAUUAUGCGGUGGGCAUAACCGUGCUAAGACCGAGACCGUCGCGACAAAACAUAAGAUUCCAUGCAUUGAUCUCUCUCUGAAAGAAUUGCAAGCAUGCCACGGCGCCAAUUUGCUCUUCGUUGCUUCUCCGCACGACAAACAUGCUGCCCUCGUCCAAGAGGCCCUCGAUCUCGGCGGCUUCGACAUAAUAUGCGAGAAGCCCCUUGCCCUCGACAUGACAACGAUGCGACAUUUGGUCGAUCAAUCGCUACGCUCUUCUCAGCUGUGCUUGAUCAACCACGCUCUUCGCUUCUACCCGCCGCUCAUUCAUCUGAAGGUUGCCUCAAAAGAACCGGCCAACAUUUUGACCAUUGACAUUCGGUACUUGACCAGGCGGCUUGCCAAGCUCACUCAUUGGAACUCUUGCUUCUCCAAGUCUGCCGGAGGGGGCAUGAUGCUGGCGAUGGCCACUCAUUUCCUUGAUCUCAUCGAAUGGUUUACAGAUUAUCCACUCACCCAUGACUCGAUGGAAACCAUUACCACGUCAAACUCGAUUGCUCCUCUGCCGACCGAAGACGCGCAAAUCACAAAGACUCCCAAUGUCGAGUCGGCGUUCGAGAUUAGUGGCUACUGUCGGUCGUCCACGAAAUACUCUGUCGAAUGUGAUGGGGCUGCAGACACCGAACUCUUUUCUGUCACCAUCCACCUUGCGAAUGAAAAUGAGCUUCGGUUUAUCCAGCAAAAGGGAAGGCCUGUAAUGCUGGAACAACGUCACUCAGGCCGGGAAUGGUUGCCUUUGAAGGUGCAUUUGGAACAGCGCGUUCGAGAUGGCUCUCCGUGGCAGGUAUCCUUUCAGUACUUUGUGGAAGAAUUGGUGGAGGCUAUCUGCAUGGGCAAGAGGUCCGCAUUUGCGGACAAAUCCACUGGCUUUGAUGACUAUUCUAGACAAGUUGGAGUCUUCGGAUCCAGGGUGGGCAUAUACUGA